AUGUAUGUCCAACGGGAGGUGUUUGGUGAUGAAGUGAAGGCUUUAUCAAGGGAAUUGUCAGUUGGCAAGAGUAGUCCAAUAUAUAAGCUUGAUCCCUUUCUUGAUUCUGAGGAUGGCUUAUUGAAGGUUGGAGGUAGGAUAAGAAGGUCUGAUAUUCCACAGUCUGCCAAACAUCCCAUACUGUUACCAAAGAAGCAUCAUGUGACUACAUUGUUGAUACGACAUGAGCAUGAAUUAUUAGCUCAUUCAGGUAGAAACCAUGUUCUCUCAAAUCUAAGGCAGAAGUAUUGGAUCAUCAAUGCUAAUGCAACUGUCAGGAAAGUGUUAUUUCAUUGUGUUACUUGCAGGAAGUUGAAAGAACCAGCUUUGAGUCAAAAGAUGGCUGAUCUUCCAGCAGACAGAUUGGAACCUUCAACACAAUUCAGUAAUGUUGGUAUUGACCUCUUUGGACCCUAUUACAUCAAGGAAGAAUGA